AUGGAGCAUUCCUACCUCUCUUCCCCAGAAGAGGUGCUAGAACACUUCGGUGUCUCCGAGCACACGGGUUUGUCGCAGGCUCAGGUUUCAAAAUUGAGGCAAAAAUAUGGUCCAAAUGCUCUUGCCGAAGACCCUCCAACGCCUCUAUGGAAGCUUGUGCUGGAACAAUUCAAAGAUCAACUGAUCCUCAUUCUUUUGGGCUCGGCUGCGGUGUCCUUUGUCCUCGCUCUCUUUGAGGAAGGGGAUGACUGGACGUCCUUCGUUGACCCCGUUGUGAUCUUGACUAUCUUAAUCCUCAAUGGUAUCGUUGGUGUCGCCCAGGAAAGCAGUGCCGAAAAGGCAAUUGCGGCCCUGCAAGAAUAUUCCGCAAAUGAAGCUACGGUUGUCCGUGAAGGCAAAACCCAGCGUGUCAAAGCGGAAGACUUGGUACCUGGAGACGUAGUCCAUGUCGCGGUUGGAGAUCGUGUACCUGCGGAUUGUCGCUUGGUUGCUAUCCACAGCAACAGUUUCCGGUUGGACCAAGCCAUCCUGACCGGUGAGAGCGAAAGCGUUUCCAAGGACACCCGCGCGAUUCACGACAAGCAGGCGGUCAAGCAAGAUCAGAUCAAUAUGCUUUUCUCAGGAACAACGGUUGUAAACGGGCAUGCUACGGCUAUGGUCGUUUUGACUGGGGGAUCAACUGCCAUCGGUGAUAUUCAUGAGAGCAUAACUUCCCAGAUUUCGGAGCCAACACCCCUUAAACAGAAACUGAAUGAUUUCGGUGACAUGUUGGCUAAGGUGAUCACCGUCAUCUGUAUCUUGGUCUGGGUGAUUAAUAUCGAACAUUUUAACGAUCCGUCUCACGGUGGUUGGACCAAAGGAGCUAUCUAUUAUCUCAAAAUCGCAGUUUCGCUGGGAGUGGCAGCCAUUCCUGAAGGUUUGGCCGUUGUCAUCACCACCUGUCUCGCUCUCGGCACUCGUAAGAUGGCCAACAAGAAUGCAGUAGUCCGGUCUCUUCCCUCCGUGGAGACCCUCGGUAGCUGCAGUGUGAUUUGCUCCGACAAGACCGGCACCUUAACGACCAAUCAGAUGAGUGCAGCGAAGAUCGUCUAUUUGAACAGGGCUGGUGACGAUGUCGAGGAAAUCGAUGUUGAAGGUACCACUUUUGCGCCGGAAGGCAAACUGUCACGCAACGGCAAGUCUCUGCAGAACCUCGCGAUCUCCUCGUCAACGGUUCGCCAGAUGGCCGAAGUCAUGGCUCGCUGCAACAGCGCGACUCUCGCCCAUGACCCAAAGACCGGCGUAUUUUCCUGUAUUGGUGAACCCACCGAAGGCGCCCUGCGGGUUUUGGUUGAAAAAAUUGGAACUAACGACUCUGCUACUAAUGCCAAACUGUUUGGACGGCCUGCGUCCCAGAGGCUUCAUGCUGCUAGUGCGCACUACGAGUCUCGGUUGCCGUUGAAAGCAACCUACGAGUUUUCUCGCGAUCGAAAGAGCAUGUCUGUUCUCAUCGGUAUGGGCAAGCAGCAAAAACUCCUGGUCAAGGGUGCUCCUGAAUCCAUACUCGAGCGUUGCUCUUAUGUGAUACUGGGGCCUGACGGAUCCCGGGCGCCCCUCUCUAAGAAAUAUCUGAGUUUGCUCUCUGAUGAAAUUGUGGAGUACGGAAAUCGUGGUCUCCGUGUCAUGGCCCUGGCCAGUGUUGAUGAUGUGGCGGCCAUCCCCCUUCUACGCAACGCUAAAACUACCGAUGAAUAUGCCCAGUUGGAACAAAAUAUGACUCUCAUUGGUCUCGUUGCUAUGCUUGAUCCUCCACGCGUUGAGGUGGCCGACUCGAUUAAGAAAUGUAGGGAGGCAGGUAUCCGGGUGAUUGUCAUUACUGGUGACAGCCGAAACACAGCCGAAUCCGUGUGCCGCCAGAUUGGCGUAUUCUCUGAGGGCGAGGAUCUUACGGGCAAGAGCUACACGGGCAGGGAAUUCGAUAGCCUGUCGCAGAGUCAGAAGCUCGAGGCGGCCAAGAGUGCAUCCCUAUUUUCGCGUACAGAACCCAGCCAUAAGUCUAAGCUCGUUGAUAUUCUCCAAUCAUUAGGACACGUUGUUGCGAUGACGGGUGAUGGUGUUAACGACGCCCCUGCCUUGAAGAAGUCGGACAUCGGUGUUGCUAUGGGUACUGGCACGGACGUGGCUAGGCUCGCCGCUGAUAUGGUCCUGGCCGACGACAACUUUGCUACGAUCGCUGUGGCCGUCGAGGAGGGGCGAUCGAUCUACAGCAACACCCAACAGUUCAUCCGGUAUCUGAUUUCGUCCAACAUUGGAGAAGUGGUCUCGAUUUUCCUAACUGCAGCCCUGGGCAUGCCGGAAGCGUUGAUCCCCGUGCAGCUCCUUUGGGUGAACCUGGUCACUGACGGUCUACCUGCGACGGCUCUGUCUUUCAACCCUGCAGACCAUGAUGUGAUGAGACGGCCUCCCCGAAAGCGUGACGAGCCCCUGGUCGGCGGUUGGUUACUGUUUAGAUACUUGGUUAUUGGCACCUAUGUCGGUGCUGCCACGGUCUUUGGCUACGUAUGGUGGUUCAUGUACAAUGCAGAGGGACCACAGAUCUCUUUCUGGCAGCUGUCUCAUUUCCACAAGUGCUCUGCCCAAUUUCCUGAAAUUGGCUGUGAGAUGUUCUCGAACGAUAUGUCCCGUUCUGCAUCCACCGUGUCACUUUCAAUCCUGGUUGUGAUCGAAAUGCUAAAUGCCAUGAAUGCACUUUCAUCCAGUGAAUCUCUUAUGACCUUCGCUCUCUGGAAUAACAUGAUGCUGGUCUACGCCAUUAUCCUUUCAAUGACCUUGCACUUUGCUAUCUUGUACAUUCCUUUCUUGCAGGGAUUGUUCUCUGUUCUCCCUUUAAACUGGAUCGAGUGGAAGGCCGUUCUAGCAAUCAGUGCUCCUGUGAUAUUGAUUGACGAGGUGCUCAAAACUGCGGAGCGUCGUUUUUAUAACAUCCCUGCAAAGAAGGGAUUCGCCUAUGGCUUGUUAGACACCCUCAAUAAGCAUUUCCAAGAGACACUGCACAUUACUCGGACUCGCUCCGCUGGACUUCAAGCUGCUUAUUUUGGUGCCUACCCAUUAGCUUCCUUGGGUUAUGCGAACUAUCUACUUCGACAUUUCGGGUACAAGACCGUAUUCAUCUUUGGUCUGGCCCUUUAUGGCAUUGGCGCCCUCUGUAUGUGGCCGGCGGGCUUGAACCGAUCGUUUGGAGGCUUCUGCGCAGCUACUUUUGUCAUCGGCUCAGGACUAGGCGCACUCGAGUCAGCGGCCAACCCCUUCAUUACCGUCUGUGGCCCCCCAAAAUAUUCUGAGAUGCGGAUCAACCUUGCCCAAGCGUUCAACGGGAUUGGUACCUGUGUUGCCCCAGCACUAGCAUCUUAUGUUUUCUUUACUUCAACCAACGACGAUGUUAAUGCUCUCAAGCGCGUCCAAUGGGUGUACCUUGCCAUCGGAAUCUUCGUGUUUUUGCUUGCUGUAGUCUUCUUCAUCUCAAAAAUCCCCGAGGUCACCGACGAAGAUAUGGCAUUUCAAGUCUCCGAGACACAUGUGGACGAGCAGGAUCGACCUUUCUGGAAGCAGUAUAAGCUAUUCCAUGCAACAUUAGCCCAGUUCACUUAUACCGGUGCUCAAGUCGCCAUCGCAGGAUACUUCAUCAACUAUGUCACGGAAACUUGGCCCGGUACCUCGAGCUCUACGGGCUCCAAAUAUCUAGCUGGGGCCCAGGGGGCUUUCGCUGUAGGCCGUUUCCUGGGAGCAAUUAUCAUGAAAUACGUAAAGGCUCGUUGGGUAUUUUUAGUCUACCUCUCUUGCACUGUUGCCUUUAUUGCGGCAUCCACUACACAAAAGAAAGAGAGUGGUAUAGCAAUGCUCUUUCUUACCCUCUUCUUCGAAUCUGUCUGUUUCCCCACCAUUGUUGCUCUGGGGAUUCGCGGUCUAGGACGCCACUAUAAGCGUGGCUCCGGCUUCAUCGUCGGCGGUGUUUGUGGUGGUGCUGUGGUGCCUCCGAUCUUAGGCCAUGUGGCCGACAUGCGGAACAGUACGGUAUUUGCCAUGAUUGUCCCGACAAUGUUCAUGGUUGUUGCGUGGACUUAUGCCGUUGCUGUGAAUUUCGCCCCUGUUUAUAGGGAAACGGUUGAUAAGGUCGGCUCUAGUACUAUCGGCCUGAGGGAAAGCGAUGGCACUAACGGACAAGACGUGGAAGUUGGGGUGAUGGGGGACAUGGAGAAGCCCCAGGAGAUUCAUGUCGAGAAAUAA